AUGAGCGAAUUCCCUCCCGCUAGCCUUCAGCCUCUUAUCCAGGAGGUCUUUGACCUCCUCGUAUCACGCAAGGAAACCGUUUCCGUGGCGGAGACCGCGGCCGGCGGACUCAUCUCAGCCUGUUUACUCUCGACGCCCGGAGCAUCUUCUAUUUACAAGGGUGGAUUAACGGUCUACACCUUAGAUUCUCGUAUCGCCUUUGCGGGUUGGACGCCGGACCAUUUGAAGAACUACAGCGGCCCUACACCGGACAUUGUGGCGGGAUUGGCGGACCACGUUCGUCAGACUCUCGAUGCGACUUACGCGAUCAGUGAAAGUGGUACGGCCGGGCCGACGGGCGGGACGACGAAGAAUCGCACACCAGGCUAUGUAGCGGUCGCGGUAUCCACGGCACGCGGAACGUAUACCCGAGAGGCAGAUACGGGGAGCAAGGACCGACAGGCCAAUAUGGUCGGGUUUGCCGUGGAGGCGCUGAAACUGCUGCGGGAUGUGAUUCAGGGAAAAGCAGCGUUGUAA